AUGGCAUACCGCGAAUCUCUCGACUCGGACCACCUUCGACUACUCCGACCAGUCUCAUUGUCUCACGGCAACCUUCACUUUUCAGUCAUCACCGUGAAUCGCGCGGCGGUACAGUACCACAAGUACAGAGCCGUCUCAUACACCUGGGGGGACGGCAGCCCUUCCGAGAUAAUCUUCCUAGAUGGUCAACCUUUCCCAGUCAGACCAAAUCUAUGGUCUUGUCUGUAUUACUUGGGCCUUGCUUCACGGCAUACCGAGUGGGAGUACCUCUGGGUCGACGCGAUUUGCAUCAACCAAGCCAACGAUGCAGAGCGUAACUCACAAGUCCGGUGCAUGGACGAGACAUACAGGAGUGCUGCCUGUGUCUCUGUUUGGCUCGGUUUGAUACCUCUACCAGAGGGACUACCCCGAAAUACUCUCGCUCCUGUCAAGACGCUAGAAAGCGAUGGAUUCGACUGGCGAGAAUCCAUGCUCGAGCUCGCGAGUCGCCCGUACUGGACUCGCUUCUGGGUUAUCCAGGAAUGCCUGCUCGGUUCAGAAGUCGAGCUCUAUUGCAGUGAUAACCGAAUAAGAUGGUUCGACUUCCAGGAAAUCCUAUGCACAGAGGCAGAUGUUAACGAGUUUCCCCAAUCGGACGACCUCGAUCCUGAGGAACCCGAGGAGCGACGUAUGCUUAGCCGAUUCUUUCCCGAUUACGCCAUGGCCGAAGAACACGUACUCAUCAUAACAAUCGCGCACCUAACGCAAUAUCGCUUCGAGCUAGCCUACGGGGACCGCCAGCCGAUAACGCCUGAUUCGGAAGAAAUUUUCCUCGGACUCGGGGUAAAGUCGAAGACACGGAGGAGGGCGUUGUUACGUCGGGCGAAAUGGCUAGACUAUUGUGAUUGGGAUGCACAAUUGCCGCAACUGCUCACCCUCCGAGACCAAGAAGAGCAAGACUUGGGCAGCGCGUACUUGGAGGAGGCUGAAGAAGAAACUGAAGCAUUUGAAGAUGCCAGUGUAAGGCCAGGUGGUGCGCAAGCUAUGAUUUUUUUGCUUUUCGCUCUAGCUGUCGCCGUGGUCUGGUAUGCGUUUCGCCUCUCACAAGCUGAUGGCUUUUGA